UUUUAAAUGAUAAUCAAUUUAUUGUAAGGCAAGUGCGCAAUGUUCAGGUCCAUGAGUGCAUCAAAGUUACAAUAGUUCCGUCCAACAUGGCGUCUCAGCGUCGGCAACGGAUGCAAAGCAGUGACCAUCAGAGCUGGACAGAUGACCUACCACUGUGUCAGAUGUGCGGAGUUGGCACCGCCCCCAAUUGUACCUACGGACCAGAUGGGAAAGGAACCCAGAGCCACCCAAAUGAGGACGGGCACUUCCGGUUCAGCAGCGAGGAUGGCUUGUACCUGUAUGGUGUGUUUAACGGUUUCGAUGGAAGCAGAGUGUCCAGCUUUGUGUCCCAGUGCCUUACAGCAGAACUACUACUGGGACAGCUCAACUCCACACAAACUGACACAGAUGUCCGCAGAAUCCUGACGCAGGCGUUUGACGUUGUGGAGAAGAGUUACUUUGACACUAUCAUGGACGCCCUGGCUGAGAAGGCUAGUCUUCAGUCUCAACUACCUGAGGGAGUGCCGUUCCACCAGCUGUCUCCCCAGAGUCAGAAGAUGUCUGAGAGACUAAAGGAACUGGAGCAGGAGGUGUCUGGAGGAGCCAUGGCUGUGGUGGCGUUGAUACUCAACAGCAGGCUCUACAUCGCCAACGUGGGAACCAACCGGGCCCUGCUGUGUAAGUCGGCCAGCGACGGGCAGAACCAGGUGCUCCAGAUCGGACGGCCCCACACUACAGAAAACGAGGACGAGCUUCAGAGACUGGCCGGGCUGGGUCUGGACGUGUCUCGACUGCGUCAAGCUGGUGUGAUCGCUGGUCAGAGCAGUACCAGGAGAAUCGGCGACUACCGGGUUAAAUACAACUACACAGACAUAGACCUUCUCAGUGCGGCCAAGAGCAAGCCAAUCAUAGCAGAGCCAGAGAUCCAAGCCAGCCAACCAUUAGAAGGUGUGACGGGCUUUCUGCUGCUCAUGUCAGAGGGGCUUAUUAAAGCACUGGAGGCCGCCCAUGGGCCAGAACAAGCCAAUCAGGAGAUGGUAGCCAUGGUAGCGGCAGAGCUAGCCCAGCAGGGCAGUCUGGAGGCCGUGGCCCAGUCGGUGGUGGAGCGGGUCAAACGGCUGCACCACGAUGUGUACGCGUCCGGGAGACAGAGGGCCGCCGCGUGCUCCCGGCACGAAGACAUGACCCUGCUGAUACGCACACUCAACUACACACUGGCGGACGGGGCGCUCACACCCACGCAGGGGGGUCGUAUUUACCCAGUGUCGGUGCCAUACUCCAACUGCCCCAGCAGCACCAGUAAGACCAGCGUCACCCUCUCCCUGGUCAUGCCCUCUCAGGGUGGCACCCUGACCAAUGGCACCAACACAGCCUCCAACCUGGACGAGGGCACCAACACGGCCUCCACCCUGGACGAGGGCACCCCUACACCGGGACAGAGCCCCACUGCCACCCUGCAGUCCGGCACCAACACCCAGGCCACUCAAAGCUCCAGCUCCUCCUCAGGGGACGGCGGCAGCCUGUUCAGGCAGAGGGGUAGCCAGGCGUCCCAGCCGGACGAGACCGGCCGCGUCCCUCCCUACGUGGACUUCACCCAGUUCUACCGCCUGUGGGGCUCGGACCACAGCGACGUCCUGGGGUCACAGGGGUCGUCGGCUGGGCUGGGACCCCAGUGAGGUGAAAGUCAGUCGUGUCUUGGAUGCAGAAGCACGAAGUAACUCGAGGACAUGAGGGGUUGGGCGGGGGGGGGGUUGUUGUCGGUGGGGAUGAGAUCCUCCAUCCACGUUCAUUGUGCUCUUUAAAACUGAUGGGCUGCCACAGAGGCGGACGGUGUGGGCGACCCCCUGAUCUGCCUGAGUGGACUUCACUGCUUACACCCGUGUGGGAUAGACCAGAGCUCCUGUGUUUCGGCUGCAGGGGGGCGCAGGGAAGGAAGGGAGGGAGGGCGAUGGAUCCGUGGUUAAGGGCUGUGUACAGCUUGACGGGAAAGAGCCGUCGAGUGGAUGGAGCUCACCAUGAUGUUCUUGUACCUCUUUUUCGCUCUCUUCACCUUCACUCCCUCUCUUUACAAGUUGGGUAAGGAGGGCAGGUGAUCGGAUGACAUGUGGCUAGUUGGUUUUAUAGUCAUAAAAUCAUCUUACGAUUAUUUUAAGUAUGGUUGUAAUAUGUGUGCUUCCCGUUUAGGGUCAAUUUCAUUUAAAUUCCACCAGGUUUAGACAGUUUUUCAUUCCAGUUCCAAAAUGUUCCUACUAGGUUUGAAGAGAAUCUGUGUGUUUCCUGAUUGGGCUGAAAUUGAAAUGGACUUCAACCCCAACCUGGACUUAUAAAUGUUUGGGUAUGCUUUAUAAAUGAUGUCUGUAUGUUUUGUCUGUUUGGAAGUAGUGCCUUGUAAAAGUAAACUAUAGAACAAAAGUUAACUUCUGUGACGUCUUUGGGAUCUUUUCGACUUCAAAGUCUUUUUAAUUUCUAGUGUUAUCUUUUUUCCUGGACAGCGGUUGAAAAAGUUGCGGAAAUGUUGUUACAUUUCACCCAAAUAAGUAAAUCUAAUUAACUGAUCUUAGGCUGUGUUGAAGCUGCCCAAUUCUGAUGUUUUGCCAAAAUGUUCAAAACGCAAACCUAAUUAUUAAUUAUUAUGAACUAGAGAGGAACUGUCUUCAAGGUUCCUAGUUUAAAUUGAGUGCACUGGGGCAAAACUUUAUCGGACUGUCUUUCAACGAGCCACUAGACAGACCUGUUUGUGCAUAUGUCCUAAUGCCUUCUCACACUUCAAAUGCAACUGUUCUGUCAGACAAUUUUUUUUUUUUAGUAAAGUAGCCUAAGGCUUA